AUGGCAGGAACAUCCUCAAAAUUUCCAAUUGAGAUCAUAAGCGAUGAUGAGAUGGCCUUCAUUGAUGUUGCUUUAGCUAAUGCAGCCUGUUCGCACGUCACGCCUGUUGCUGCUCCUGCUAUACAUUCACUAGCAUCAACACCCCGGAUUUGCAGAAUCGGCACAUUCAUUGAGUCAGUUCCAGCGCGAGCCAAGAGAGGGCUAUUCACGUCUUCUGAUCCUGACAUAGAAGAUAUUGGCAGUUUUGUACGUACUAGUAGGAAGAAGAAGUCCAGAGAAGAAGACACGUUGCUGCACCGGUUUAGGAGCAAGAGGGGCCUGUUUGUCACUGAUAUCACCAAGACAGAAUGGUGUGAAAAGCAAAUGGAAUUUUCUCUCUUUUAUGAAGAAUGGAAGAACCAUGCAGCUAAGCCAGAUUUUGCCUUUGUUUAUGGAGGGAGAAGUAGGAAGAGUAAAGCAAUGAAAGCAGGUAUGGAUCGGCAUGCUCAGCUUGAACGAGAGGUUUUGGAACCCGUGGGAGUGAAUGUGAAGUCACGUGAAGAUUUUAUGGCACUGAAGCUUAUUAAUUUCAUCAAUGGUGUGAAUCAACUAAUGUUUGAAGGACUGACUCGCGAGCUUCCUAUAAUAAGCUUUGAUUUUGCACAAGGUAUAUGGAUGGUGGGUAAGAUCGAUGAAAUGCAGAUGCCUAAGGCAAAAAAUGAUCAUAAACCGGUGAUAGUCGAAACAAAGACACGUUACCGAGAUACAGUGCCUGCAGAAUCACAAAAAAUAAAUGGAAGGAUUCAAUUAAUGUGUUACAAGUAUUUGUGGGACAAUUUAGUUGCUCAUGCCGAUCGCAACUUCCCUUUUAAACAGUUGUUUGAUUAUUUCGAGUUAAAUCCACGACAUACGUUAUGUAAAGAUCUACGAACAGCGUGUGUUGAUUCUGGAUUCUCGGCAUCAACACUUGGUGAUGUGGUGAUGUGUUACAAAAAUAUGUGUAAGAAGCUGCCUUAUGCUAAUGAUAAGCUUGUGUUGAGAUAUGAAUCUCAGAGGGAUCAAUCACUGUUGGAAGAAGAAAAGUUUGCAUAUGAUGAUGGUUGGAUAAAGAAUGAAAUUGGAAUUUGUCUUGAGUUUUGGUUUGGACAGAGAGAAGCUACUUAUGUUAAUGAGGAAGAGCAAUGGAAAUGUGGAUUCUGUGAUUUUGUUUCUCAGUGUCCUGCUAACACCGGUGAUUCUGAGAGCACAUAAAUGCUUUCGGAGGAUGAUGACUCGAGUGAGUGAUUAUUGGAAUUGGAUUAGACUCAAUUACUCAUCAUAUCCGUCCAAUCUAAAACUGAUGGCUGGGAUUAUUUAUAGUUGUUUUCGUUAAUAUGUAAUAUGAACCGUUCCAUUUAAGAUCAAUGGCUGUGAUAAAAAAUUGUGUGAAGCUGUGUGUUGUUUAUACAGAGUGAAUCUUGAUCCAUGAUUAUUAUAUUAAAGGAAUAAUCAAAUAGGUAAAGGAAUAGUCCAAAUGUCUAAUAGUAGGAGGGAUUUUCUGUGGU